AUGUUUGGAGACAGUGGGCCAAUAGGUCUUGAAUUUACGUCACCUGCCGUGACUCACUUACAAUCGGCUAUUAAUACGAACGCAAAUGAUAAUGGCGACACAACUAUCCCUUUAUGUAAUGACAGCGAGAGUGAGCAAAUAAAUAAACUUCUCAUUUCUGCAGCGAAAGAUAUGAUAAACGAGGCAACCAUUCCAUUCCCCCAAAAGGGCGUGCGGGCAUUGCAAAACAAACACAUAAGUGACAACAACAAACAAGCGAUCUCUCUCAUUCCUUCAGAGAGAAAGUUUGAUAGCGGUGUGAGGUCUAAUGGCACCGAGAAGGAGAGGGCGGAUGUUCAGAAGUUGACGUCAUUAACGUUUGAUAAUUCCGCAAGUCCUAAAGCAAGUAAUAAUGAUAAUAAUUUAUCAAAUAGAGCGGUAGUCGAGUCAAGUGGGCCUUAUAAAGAUUUUACGGCCAUAUCUUGCGACAAACAAAAGUCAUUAGCUGAUGUGGUUAAGCAGAGCGGGCCUUGGAAGAAAAACGAGCCAAAAGAAGAGAUAUAG